GUUAUUAGAUACGUUUUAUAAACCAAUUCAUAAUUUUAAUUCAGAGGUAUGUUUAUGUUUUCAUAUAAACACUACUCUUACGUUGGGAGUGUAGUGAUUGGAUUUUGAAGCGUUAGGAAAUAAACGUUCAUAGAUGGCGCUAGACAACUAGCGCGAGUGUAAUUAAAAGAGUGAUGUCAUUCGAGUUUUUGCUCUUGGAGAAGAAGGAGUUACUGAGUAGAGUAACUCGAACGAAUCUGCAAUAAAUUUGUUAAGUUUUCUAUUUGCCUAUUUAUUCAAAGCACUCACGAACCAGCCACGACAAAAAUGAUUUGUGACAUUCUUAUCACGAUUUUUAUAUUGUGUUCAUAUUCACUUAUUCAUUCACUUACUUAUUUAUCACGUUUAUCUCUGUACUUUUACAAAUUUAUUUUGUUUUUUUUUAAAGCUGGAAAUGUAGCAAGAGCUGCCAUAGAUGGAACUGAAAAAAUCGUUAGCGAUGCUGAUGAUAAUCUCGGUAAUGCAGCAAGAGCUGCUCAUCACAGUUUGAGAUCAUUGGUAGAACUCGGAAGUUUUCUAGAAGAUACUGGUAUGGGAGUCGAAGGAAUUGCCUCCAAUACUAUGUGGAUGGCUCAAAAUGUCUCUGACGCCCUGAGAAACAUGAUGAUGAUGAUGAAUUAACUGCUGCACGGGGAUUUUCUUGAAAUCUGUAAAUAAAAGCAAAAAUAUCUGCUGUCAUAUUGAUUUUACUUAUUCUAACAAUUCACUUUUUAUUGCAACAAUUUACACAAGUAACGCAAACAGA